AUGCACAAGUUCACUUCCUCACUCGGUCUUUUCCUCGCAGUGGCCAGUCUGGCAUUCGCCGCACCAUCCCCCGCAGAGUCCUCAGUUCCUGCCGCCCUCGUCCGGGCCAAUGGAGCCCUUAUCAAGGCAGGUGCCUCACCCGGUGCCAAUGACGCUGGCCACAGUUCACCACCCAAAUUCCCUCCGAAGAAAUGCUUUUCGUCGGACUUGAACUCGUGCCAGCCGGGUUGGAUUUGUUGUCAAGGAGUUUGUUAUGUCGGUACUCUGUGUCCAGACUCCGACAAAGGACUGGCAGAACGAGUUUGA